AUGGCCAGCUUGGAAGAUUACGACGAGUUCGGAAACUAUAUUGGUGCAGACCUAGAUUCGGACGACGAGGAAGAGCUUGACGCGCCUCAGUCAUAUGCUCAGCCCACCCAUGACGAACCCAGCCAUGCCCCACUCGAGGGCUUUGACGACGAGCCCAGUAAUGCACUUAUGGAACUAGACGAUGCUCCCAAGCAUAAUGCGGUCAUAUUACACGAGGAUAAGAAAUAUUAUCCAUCGGCUGAAGAAGUCUACGGCCCUGAUGUCGAAACACUGGUCCAGGAGGAGGAUGCACAGCCUCUGAGUGAACCUAUCAUCGCUCCAGUCAAAGUCCGUAACUGGGUUAUCGAGGAAAAAGGCCUCCCCGAGACGCGAUUCGAUAAACGUUUUUUACUCGACCUAAUGUCCUUCCCUGAGAUGAUUCGUAAUGUGGCUGUUGUCGGCCACUUGCACCAUGGAAAGACCAGUUUGAUCGACAUGCUUGUCUUUGAGACGCAUAAAAUGGUUUGGGAUUCCGAUAAACAGUUGCGCUACACCGAUACCCACCCCCUUUCGGCUCAGCGACUCAUCUCGCUCAAGGCCAACUCCAUGUCUCUUGUUCUCUCAAACUCUCGCGGCAAAUCACACCUUGUUCACUUGCUCGAUACCCCUGGCCACAUGAACUUUGUUGACGAAACCGCUUCCGCGAUGCGCCUAGUCGAUGGUAUUGUUCUUGUUGUUGAUAUUGUUGAGGGUGUCAUGGUCGGCACCGAAGCAAUCAUUCGACACGCACUCGCAGAGAACUUGCCUAUCGUCCUAGUGCUCAACAAGAUUGACCGCCUCAUUCUCGAACUCCGACUUCCUCCUGCCGACGCCUACUUUAAAAUUAAACAUACCAUCGAGGAGGUCAAUACUUUCCUUGCCGGCAUUAACCCAGACCCAGCUCUUCGACUGUCGCCCGAGCGCGGAAACGUGGCGUUUGCGAGUACCGAGAUGGGCUGGUGUUUCACUUUGCGCUCGUUUGCCCAAAUGUACGCCGCCGAAUGGGAGGGCGUUGAUGUGCAGGAGUUCUCGCGAAGGUUGUGGGGAGAUAUCUACUUUGACGAAUCGUCUAGGAAGUUUGGAAGAAAGGCAGGUGGUGAGGCGAAACGGAGCUUUGUGCAUUUCAUCUUGGAGCCCGUAUACAAAAUCUAUUCCCAAGUUUUAAGUGCAGACCGAGAAGAUUUGAAGAGCACGCUUGCCGGAUUAGGAAUUACCCUCAAGCCGAUCUUGUACAAGAUGGACUCGCGACCACUUCUCAAGGCUGUUCUAGAUCAAUUCUUUGGGCCUGCAGUAGGCCUCGUUGAUAUGCUCGUCGAAUGGAUUCCCAGCGCCGCUGAAGGAACGGCUGCCAAAGUCGAGCGCACGUACACCGGCCCUCUCAAUACCCCUACAGCCCAGGCAAUGCUCGCAUGCAACAACACCGCCAAAGCUCCUACUAUCGUCCAAAUCACAAAGCUCCUCCCCGCAAAGGAUGCGCAGAGUUUCCGAGCGCUAGGACGAGUGAUGUCUGGUGUUGUCAAACGGGGAAUGCCCGUUCGAGUUCUUGGCGAAGGAUUUAGCGCGGAUGACGAGGAAGACAUGUGGAAAGGUGAUUUGGGGGACGUUUGGAUCACUGAAGCUCGAUACAACCUUCCUGCCGAAGAAGUUCCAGCCGGUAAUAUAGUCUUGCUCGGUGGAAUCGAUAGCUCUAUUACCAAAACGGCCACCCUUGUCGCGCCCCCAUCUGAGGAGUCGGAACAUGACUACGAGAGCGACGACGUAUUCAUUUUCCGUCCGAUCAAGCACAUCACGCAAUCUGUGCUUAAAGUAGCAGUCGAACCCAUCUCUCCGAGCGAAUUGCCUAAAAUGUUGUCCGGACUCCGAAGUGUCAACAAGUCUUACCCUCUUUUGCACACCAAGGUGGAAGAAAGUGGCGAACACGUUAUAGUCGGAACCGGCGAACUCUACCUCGACUGCGUCCUCCAUGACCUGCGUCGCGUAUUCGCUGAGAUCGAGAUCAAAGUUUCUGACCCCGUCACUCGAUUCUGCGAAACCGUCGUUGAAACUAGUGCACUAAAAUGUUAUGCCGAAACACCGAACAAGAAGAACAAAAUUACGAUGAUUGCUGAGCCUCUUGAGCGAGGGCUAGCAGAAGACAUCGAGGGUGGGAAAAUCACGAUGCGUAUGGCUCCCAAAGAUCGUGGCAAGAUCCUACAAGAGCGGUACCAGUGGGAUUUGCUUGCCUCGCGAGCGGUGUGGGCUUUCGGACCUGAGGAACAAGGGCCAAACGUGUUAUUGGAUGAUACGCUGCCGAGCCAGGUGGACAAAAAGAUGCUCGGAACCGUCAAGGAGCAUAUCAAGCAAGGCUUCCAGUGGGGUGCCCGGGAGGGACCGUUGUGCGACGAACCUAUCCGAAACGUCAAGUUCAGAAUUCUGGAUGCAACGCUGGCGCAGGAGCCCAUCUUCCGAGGAGGUGGACAGAUUGUUCCUACUGCGAGGCGAGUGUGUUAUUCGUCGUUUUUAAUGGCCACCCCACGCCUAAUGGAGCCCAUCUUCUACGUCGAAGUGCAAGCCCCUGCAGAUUGCAUCUCCGCAGUCUACACGGUUCUCGCUCGGCGUCGCGGUCACGUAACUCAAGAUAUUCCCAAGGCCGGCUCCCCGUUGUACACUAUCAAAGCCCUUAUCCCUGCCAUCGAUGCCAACGGAUUCGAAACUGACCUCCGAACCGCGACGCAAGGACAAGCAUUUUGCAUCCAGAUGUUCGACCAUUGGUCGAUCGUACCCGGCGACCCGACUGAUUCAUCGAUCAAACUGCGACCGUUGGAACCUGCGACCGGGCAGGCUCUCGCUAGGGACUUGGUCCUCAAGACGAGGAGGCGAAAAGGAUUGGGCGACCAGAUCGCCGUCUCCAAGUAUUUGGAUGAUGAGUUUGUGCUUGCACUGUCGGCAUCUGGACAUGCGGAUCUUUUGGGAUAA